UCGCGCAGUGUGUGUUGUUGUCAGCAGAGGCGCGUGCGGACUGACACUGUGAAUCUAACGCGUCACUCUAGGCAUAAAAACGCAGGCGUUUUGUUCUUCCUCCCGUGUGGUGACUCGCUGAGCAGCGUGAUGAGUCCUUUGUCACUACCGUACCUCUCUUCCCAUAUACGUUAGUGAUCCCCUAGCCAGUAAAAACAGAUGACAGUCUCCUCCUCCCUUUCAGUCUGUCCAACUGCUCUGUCGCAGAAUAUCUAACUGCAGUGGGUGAAUAUUGAACAGCGAUUUUUUUUGUUUGUGAACUUACUGCCAGCAUUACAAGCAACAAUGGUUUACAUAAAUGAAGUCACUGAAUCACCGCCUUCUGAGGCUGAUAUGAACCGUCCUAUUCAAGUGAAGCCAGCGGAUAGUGAGAACCGCGGAGAAGCCAUUGUCGAGCAGCUGUCCGUGAGGGUGCAAAAGAGCCUCAUUUUCGGCAGCGAAGAUACCAUCGUUUACCUCAAGUCUGCCGCCAGCCUCAGCAGCAACAACAACAAUAACAAUAACAACAAUAACAAUAACUAUCUUCUUGACAACAAUAACCACCUCCUGAUUAACAACAACAUCACCAACUGCGACGACGAUAGUUUCUACAACAGCAGCAGUCUCCUCAACAAUGAGAACAACAGUAACAGUAACAAUGACGGCAGUCACCUUCUGCAGAGUCACAACCUGAACCCCAGUCCGUUCUUCGAACAAAGCCGACUCCACUCCUACCAGCAACUGCAGAGCCAAUCAGUCCACCACCAGUUUCACAGUCAUCCCCUUCACCAGCACCACCAGGGACAGCACCACCUUCCCCACCAGUACCACCACCUCCACCCUCUGCAUCACCAACACCAACACCACCAGGAACACCACAACACGCAGCAGCACUACCAUCCACAACAGAACCUCCCCCACCACCACAACAGCCACCACACGCACACGCCACACCAGCAGCAGCAACAGCAGCAGUCGCCACAGCUGCCCCAGUGGCUGGGCGGCCAGCCGCAGGCGCAGGCGCAGGUGCGCCCCUUCCACCACCAGCACCCACACCCGCAGCACCUCCACCAGCCGCUGCAGCACCAAGUGGGCCACCUCGGCACCCAGCAGCAGCAGCAGCUGCCGCCGCACCACGGCGCCUCCGGCUACACCAGGGAGGCCCCGGCCUCUCCUGGCGACCUCAAUCGUAAGCUGUUCGUUGGUAUGCUAAGCAAGCAACAGACGGAAGAAGAUGUUCGCCAACUGUUCGCCCCUUUUGGAACCAUAGAGGAGUGCACGAUCUUAAGAGGGCCCGACGGUCUCAGCAAAGGCUGCGCUUUCGUGAAAUUCAGUUCACAUCAAGAGGCGCAGACAGCGAUAAGUACGCUCCACGGCAGUCAAACUAUGCCGGGAGCGUCCUCGAGCCUGGUGGUAAAGUUCGCAGACACCGAGAAGGAGCGCCAGCUGCGACGCAUGCAGCAGAUGGCCGGAAACAUGUCUUUGCUCAACCCCUUCGUCUUCAACCAGUUCGGAGCUUACGGCGCCUACGCGCAGGUGAUGCAGCAGCAGGCGGCGCUGAUGGCGGCGGCGACGGCGCAGGGUUCCUACAUCAGCCCCAUGGCGGCGCUGGCGGCGCAGAUCCCCCACCACUCCAGCCUCAACGGCAUCGCCAAUCCCGUCGUCCCGCCAACGUCGGGUGCGGGUCCAGCCGUGAACGGAGCGCUGCCCAGCCUGCCGUCGCCCACGAUGCCCAACUUCAGCAUGGCGCAAACGCCCAACGGGCAGCACGCCGCCUCCGACGCCGCUGCCGUCUACACCAACGGCAUCCCGCAAACCUACCCCGCGCCACAGGGCCUGGUGAACGGUGAGGCGGCAGCCCUGCAGCAUGCGGCAGCAGCCGCAGCCGGAUACCCGGGUAUGCAGCCCUACCCCGGUGUCGAUGUCUUACGUAACCGAACGGACCCGGUGCUGCUGCAAGCAGGGCUGCCAACGUGCAGAGUGCAAUUCCCCCUGCCUUGCUUGCCUCCAGGGCAUCCAAUUCUUGCUUCUCAGGAACAUAUAAAUGAUGCAACUUUUCCAGCCUACCCUGCUGCCGCUGUGUACGGACAGUUCGCCCAGGCUAUCCCCCCUCCGAUGCACAACGUGCCCCCUGCACACAGGGAAGCUCUUCUUUGCAACUCUCCAAGAUCAGCUAUCAAGUACGACUGGUAUGGAUUCAACACAGAACUGCAUACUCCAUAUGAGGCCGAAACACAAAAUGGCAUUCCGGUACCUCUUCUUUCCCUUCUCCUGAGCAGCCCUUCAAAAGUAUCAUCACAUGGAAGAGAGCACUCAGGCUGUUCCAUUUCCGGUCCAGAAGGCUGCAAUCUUUUCAUCUAUCACUUACCUCAAGAGUUCGGCGAUGCCGAGCUGAUGCAAAUGUUCCUGCCAUUUGGAAAUGUCAUCAGCUCCAAAGUGUUCAUUGACCGAGCCACUAACCAGAGCAAAUGUUUUGGUUUCGUGUCCUUCGACAACCCCGCCAGUGCGCAGGCAGCCAUCCAAGCAAUGAAUGGUUUCCAGAUAGGCAUGAAGAGGCUGAAAGUUCAACUAAAGAGGCCGAAGGAUGCAAAUCGUCCAUACUAACAACGGCUGUGGCAUAGGAGUUAUCCUUUGUUACAUUUUGCAGUGGUUCCGGAUCUGCAGAAUGGAUUCUUCCCAGUGAUGAGAACCACUAAAUUGUCCUUUAAAAAAUGGGCUUAAAAAUAGCACAAGAACAAGCUUUAACUCUCGCCAAAGUUUGUCUCGGAUGACAGCAACAGCCUGUGACCCUCUUCUACUACCGUGGGACAGAAGAGUCACAUCAGCGGCACGUACGGUACUGCCGCUAUCUGCGGGCUGCCACCUGGUACCUACGGCACAUACCACUGUCACCGUCACAGUUAAUUUAUCAACUGACCUCUGAUACUCCCUCAAAAUUGUUACUCAUGAAGUGCGUGGCCAAAUUUGGUAGGACCACCCUUUGCAACCUCCCAUCCCUCCCUUCUCGCAGAAAAAAUAUUAGUAUAUAAAAGAAAAUUACUUUAGAAUAGAAUAUACAUAUAUCUAGACUACUCAGAAGAAAGCUUCAUAUUCUUAUCAUGUUAUUGUACACAACUAUCAUUACACUAAGUACUUAUUAUCAUAAUGUUUCUGAAAUAUAUCAACUUACAUCAGUGAGGCAGAAAGAGAGCAGUACAGCAAAAGAAAACUUGCAGCAAACUGUUUGCUUGUCAUUCUUGGCUUGUUAUGUUCUAAUGGGGAUUUAAUGUUCGUGGCUGUUUGGCUCCAGAAAUAUAAUGCAGGUGCAAGGAACAUUAAGGAAACCACUGGAAAGAAUGUCAGUUUAAUUUAGAUGACGGGUUAGUUCCAGAUAACAAAUGCCGACAAGAGUUUUGGCUUUGGCCUUUGUGCAGUUUCAAAUGUAGUUACUUGGUAAAAAGAAAUUUCAGACAAAUGUUACCCAGAAGAUGUGUGCAUGGAUUUUUGUACGAGAUGUAAGUGUUUCUUACUCGCGCUCUCGAUAAUACGUGUUUUUGUCAGAAAAGGCAGUUCUCCAGUGCUGCUAUCACUCUAAACUUUUUAAUGUGCACAAGUCAAUUAACUCUAAUUCCACUUUCCCUAGCUCUGCAAGCCCCAUUUGAGAGUCAUACUGCACCCAUUUUGACUGACACAAGUGUUAUCAAUGAAACUUUAUUGUUCAGGGAAAUGUCUUUUACAUAGAAUGACCAAGUAUGCCAAAUGGGAAGAAAACCUGCUUCUGAUGUGGUAUUAAUUCUGUACAUAAGCACUUCAUUAAUAGACGGUGCCUUACCAGUAAUUGCUAAUGACUUCUAACAUUUUAUCUGAUGAAACUGAAUACUUGGUUUCUAUUCUUAAAAUUAUUUUCUCAAUACUAUGGUUCCUGAUAGACAGAAGCUGUGAAAUAUUUUUGUGUCAUUCAUUUUGUCCUCCUCGAUAGUAGUUGAGCUUAAUAUACAGGUUGUGUUUUUUUCUGGUUUCCCCCCCCCCCCCCCUAAUGUUAUGCUCAAUGCAGAGUAUAAUGCUCAAUGCAGAGUGCAAUUUCUCAAAAGCAAGAUUGUAAAAGUUUCUUUGCAAUUGUUUUCCUUCUGUGGCUUUUUAAAGUUCAUUAAUUUCACUGGAUUUUUUCAGUGAAAUUCUGGCAUAAAAUUAACAUUCUUAAUUCAGUAACAAUAAUAUGUUUAUAUCAACAACACUUCUCUCUCAGUACACUACAGAGACAUGCUAUUCUCUAACACAAGUUUUAGGUCUUCAGAAUUCAGAAUGCAUGUAUGUCUUCAUUAACAAAUUUUUCAUAGCACUGUAUCUUGCAAUAGGUUCUAAGUUAUUUCCUGCACUGGUCCAGGUUGUGAAAGGAGCUUUAGAGCAAUUUCUGUGGCAUAAGAAUGGGGCCAAUAGCCAUUUUAAUUUCCUAUUUAUCAAUGCCCGACUCAUUUUUCAUACAUAUAAUUUCUCUAUACACAGUAUCGUAAUAGAACUUGUCUGAGGCAAGGAACAAAACAUGUUUAUAACCUUCUACUGGUGUUUAGAUAAUUUAACUCAAGAACCAAAGUAUUCAUCAUACACUAAAAGUUGUAACUAUCUAAAGUUAGUUUAUAGAUCUUGCAAAAUAUAUUGCUAAAAGUAAAUAUAGUCUUUAAAAAUAAACACAGAAUCUUUUUUUAGGAGAGAAAGAAAGAGAAAGAAACCAAAGAAUGUAAAUACAAACAGUCUACAUUUUUCAGUAAUUUAUCUUUGCUCCCUGUUUCUAAAUUGCUCUUCAAAGCAGGCAGCUACAUGCAGCCAUAUUUGAAACAUCUUGCCUGCUUUUUGAUACAAUACAGGCAAGUGGCCAACAGUAGAAAGAGAAAUUUAGCAGGAGCAUUUGCUGUUAAAUUUGUUUUAUGUCAUAUUGACAGCAGUUCUACAUUUCAUUUUGGAUGGUAGCAGGCACACCCCUUCAUGUUCUGUUACUGUUCCUCUGUUUUCUGAGCAAUUCUAGAGAAACCUCCAGAACUGAACAUUCCGCUACUUUCACAAUCAUUGUUGAGCAAAGUUUGACCUGAAUGUGAAUUACUUUUCAGACGUUACUCCUACGCAGAUAGUGUGUUAGAUUACUUUAUUUCAGAAGAUAAUGUCAAAGACAACCCAUUUUCUACUAUGUUCUGUAGCCAGACACUGUCUGACACAUUACGAAAUCCAAAGUUGUUAAAUAUGGUCAACAUAACAUCACAGUCACAUAUACAACUCUUUUUUUAUUGUUAUACAGCCAGCAAAAAUAAGUUCAGAAUUUUUAUGUCUAGAAGUUUAUUUUGUUCAUUCCACAUUUAUAGCCCCUUGUCAGCUGCCUGGGAUGCAACUCACAAAGAAUAAUUUCAUUGUUCCACUCAUUCUAUCAUGCAAUAUUAUAAAUGUAGAACUCUUUAUAGAAAUCUCACCAAUACAUUAUCUGUGGACUUGGAAGGUGUACCCUGAAACUGAAAUAAUAAUUUAACUGCUUCUGUGGAAAUUGCUGCGAUCACUAUCGAUACAUAGUUGCCCUGUAACUGUAUACUUCAACUGAUUAAUGACUUCUCACCACUGUUCUUGCAGUGCCAGUUCUUCCUCACAAUUCCAAACACAUAAAAUGACAAUACAUUUAUAGUGAGCAUUUCCAAAACCUCAAGUGCCCAAAAUUUCAUGAACAUGCUUCUUCAUUACAUAGUUUCAUAUUUACAGACUUAGAUUAAGUGGAUUAAUGUAACUGGACUAUAGUGGAGAUCACACCAGUGUGCACCUUUCUGUAGACUUUCAUUGCUAGAAUAAAUAAAUAUAGAAUACAUUUGUUGCCAAAUUGCCACAAAAGUACCAUCGUUAAAUACAUGUUGUCUUCUUUUGUGCCUGUUGCCCUCUCAAAAUGAGAGGAUGGAUUUGCAGAUGCCAUGUAUAAAACACGUGUACAUUAAACUUAGAUGAGAACAGAAAUUAGUCAAAGACAUAUAAGAGAUUGCUAUUCAUAUAUAUUUAAAUAACUACAGAGAAAGAUUAGGUAGACUGUAGAAAGCAUUAGAGACUGUAGAUAUGUACUAAAAGCUAUACUAAUAAUGUUGGAAAGAUGAGUUAUCAAAAGAAUAUAUAGUUACAAAGUUCUCUCUUACAUUAAUAAUCCAUGAGAGCAAUGAGAGUUCUGAGGAAAUGAUUGAAUGUGUAUGAAGUAGUGUGAAUAAUUGUUAUGAUUCUAAAAAAAGUGAAAUAAGUAUGAGUCCCUUGCCCACUGUAAUAAUUUGUUAUGGAUACUUUGGUCACUCAUUAUGAGUGCCACAGAAUGGUUUUGUUACUCUACCACUACACGUCAUUUAUGGCUGUAGUACGUUCCAAAUAAUGGAAUACGUGUCCAAAUCAUAUGGCUUUCAGACUAACUGUCAAAUGUGUUGAGGAAAUAUACAAGAAAUUGGCUUGUAGCCUCAUUUUACAGUGCUGAAGUUUGACAGUUACAAAUGAAUGUGUGUGUGGCGGUAUGUCUGUGGGAUGUGUAUGUGUGUGUGUGUGUGUGUGUGUGUGUGUGUGUGUGUGUGUGUGUGUGUGUGUGUGUGUGUGUGUUUUCAGAGUAGUUAAUUUUAUAUUUGGGACUUGAAAUAAAGCACAAAAUUAUUUUGUAUGUUUUGUGUCUUAAUACAGCAUUACUUUAUGAACACUAGAAGAACUGUUUCACAGAAAGUAGCACACAAGGUAAAAUUGUUUCAGAGACACUGAAUUUUAAAAAUAUUUAUUCUGGAGUUAGGGAUCAAUAUUUAUGGCAUUCAAUGUAUAUCUUUAUUUCGUGCUUUCUUCACCAUCAGGUGUGGCAGAUUUUUUUUGGCGAACAUUCACAAGAGCUUUAUGAGUCACACAUUUAACUUAUUUUGGAUUACCUUCACUAUCAAGAUACAGAGUUUUGACCAGGACUUAACCGAAGAUGAUAAUGUGUGAGUCUACGUGGCCUAUCAGCCACUCUUAAAUCUGGACUAUCCUAUGCAGAAUAAUGUUUUUGAGGCAUGUCAGUGCAAUAAAAUUGUCACAGAUUUCUUUCUGGAUCAAUUUUCUAUGUAUCUGUAGGAGUUAUUUCAGAAGAAACAUACUGUCCUUCAAUCUUAUGGCAAAGUGUUAAUGUCUCACAGUCUGUGUCCUUAUACAGUUUGAUUUAAAUUACUAUGCAUGUGACAUUUAUGAUCUGAAGUACCGCUUGCAGGCAGCCGACAGUGUUUCAUGGUGAUAUACCCUUACUUUAAAAUAAUCUCCUACAAAAAUCAUGAAAAAGUUCAAAUUCAUAUAUGGUAAAAAUCUCUAUAUGUCUCUAAUCAUACUAAUAUCCUGUCCUUAAUUUUAAUCAGGACCAGAGUUACAUUAAAUUCUUGUGUCUUAGAAACUGCUUCACACUUAUCAUGUCGUAUUCUGAAAACUAUUAAAUUCACUGAAAUACUUUUUAUUUUUGGCAAUUACCAAAAUACAUUGUUUGGCAGUGGAUAUUUCCAAUGUUGAGUAUGAAAUUGCUACGAAUAAACUACAAUAAUCAAGAUUUUUUUUUCAAUUCUGUCAAUAUUUAACUCUUAACAUAUAUCAAUUUUAAAGUUUUCAUCUUCUAUGAAAAUGACAUAAUAUUCUGAAAUUAACAUAUGGUAUACAUCUAUAUGUGGCUUUCAGCUCGUUAAAAAUGGGUUUUUACCCAAGUUACAUUUUUUCCUUGCCUUAUACAAAAUUUUCACGUCUGGAAAAGUUCCCUACUUGAGAACUGUCAGCUACAAUACGUUAUUUGCACAGUGGAAGUGGCAAUACAGUGGAAGCCGAUGGUGCCUGCAUGUCGCCCAUUGUAGUAUUGCUGUUGGUGACAGUCUGCCCGUUAGCUGUUGUAUCAGCUACUUCAAACUGAACUAUAGUCAAUGGCAGCAAUGGACAUUUAAAUCACUAGAAUCAUUUAAAUGACACACAACCCUGCAUUCAUAUGACCAAAAUCCCACGCUCAUUCUCCACUGCUGAGGUACAAAAUUUAGCACAUUGCUUCUGCCUUAUUGUUUCUAAUGGACUUUCAAUUUGCAAUAUCUGUUACAUACAGAGAGUGAUUUCUGGGACAGUAUUAUCGAGGAGGUAAAUGAAAUACAUGACAUCAAAUCUUGUGAUGUUUGACAUAAAUUUGCCCUUAGUGCAGCAUGCUAACCUGCAGUGGAAACAAUAAGAUGGGUGCAAUGACUUGUGGCAAUUUGAGAUGCAGUGCUAGACAGAAAACAUGAGCUGCUUGCAAACUGAUAUGAAAAGAAACCUGAGAAGAUUUUAUUGCACAGAACAUCCUAAAACUGUAUUUUCUUCUUCCAACCAAUAUCUUCAGAUGUUCAUACUACAUAGUGUUGUUCCAUUUAACUCCUAACUGCAAAAGUGAGAAAUUAAAUUACAUGGAGCAGUUUAGAUACCUUGAAGCUAAACAUUAUUGUCAAGGUAAUGGAUCGUUCACACCGAACUAAAUACAUUGUGAAACCAAGUUAACACCUAUAAGACAUACACUGACAAAUGUAACAUGCCCACCAGUACAUCACUACAGCUUCAUCUUGUAAUACCCCAGCUGGUCUCUUUUAUCGAGAACAUUUCUCCAUAAGCAUAUUAAGAAAUAUUAUUUUUACAUUUACUUGACCUAUGCACUUAUACCUGAAAUUACAUUUAUAGUUGUAAUUAUUUCCAUACUUCAGCAUACAUUUUACCAAAAAUAGCACUUGCAUGUCUUUCUCGUUGGUAGCUGUAAAUGUGUUCAGUUUUAUCUUGGGUGCCACUUCUGCAUCUGUCACAUGAAACAGAUUUUCAGUAUCACAAGUAAAAUGGCAGGGAAUGUUAUGGAGGAGAAUGUUUGAAGUUGUUGAUGACACAUUUAUUAAAGAGUUAUCAUGAUCAGGUUGAUACUUCAUAAAGUCCACUGAUUUUUCAACUAUGUUGCCUCCUUACAUACUAAACAAAAUCAUGUGAUAUAGUUCUUGGAGUGACAGAGUAAUCAUUUUUAAAUGUAAGAUAUAUUUUAUACUUUGCUUAUUGUGGAGCUAGUUAACAUAAAGAGUUAUUGGCAUGAGAAAUAAAUGUACACGAGGGUAUUCACUGGCACAGUAGUAGCCUACUGCUAUGCAGUUUUAUACAUUUAAACAUUUUUGAGGAGAAAUUGUAGCCAGACUGUGAGAAGUAUUCACACACUUAUUUCUCAUUCUAAAAUAAAAAAAUUAAAAAAAAGAGGUAUCGUCUCUCGCAAAAGUGGAACUAAUUUGUGGUGGCAUCAUUUACUUUGUGUGAAAAUAAUUAUCAUUUUAUUAUAUGUCAUUGUAUAUAUAACUGUACUUUUUGGAAGGUUCCCUAUAGUGACUUUGACAAAUUUUACUAAUGUGAUCUUGCAAACAAACUGUUCAAUUAUUGCUCUGCCUUUCAUGUAGAAUACAGUGCACAAAAAUAUUAUAAUUAAAAAGGUAUGUAGAGUAUGACUUAACAAAAUUUGUACUAACUGCAAGUGACAUUCCUCAAGUAAAACUUGAGCAGUGAACUGGCAGUUGCUUAGUCAUAAUUAGAAAUGCAUUUUCUUCCUUUUUUUAAAGAAACAUGUCAGCUAGAACUGAUGAUAUGAUAUAAAGUCACAUAACAAUCAAAACACGUAAAAAAAAAAAAAAAAAAAAAUGAUGUGAAGUGAUUCUUGGAUACAGGGUAUGUUUUUUCCAAUUAUUUGUGUAAAUGUUUUCCUGUGGAACAAAGAAAAAAUAAUAUGGAACAAACUUUGUUGUAUCGUCUCCAUAGAUUUUUGAUGAAUCAAAUGAGAAUAUAGUGAUCUCCUUAAAACAUUGUAGCAUAUAAGUGUAAUUGUGCCAUGAAUGCAUGGUGGACAGACAGCAGAGAACUGUUAUUGUGACGUCUCAAAGAAAAGUAUUUUAUUUGUACAGAGGAUUUAUUUUUAGCAGAGUUUGUGGUGUUAAACAGUGUUUUGAAAGAAAAUCAGGACUGUUGGUUUAUAUGAAACAAGCUAGUAGUUAAUUUUGUUUUUUAGUUCAUGGCGGGCAAUCAUUAUUGUGAUGGUUUGUUGUCAGAUGUGUGAGUGAAAGAUUCCAGAUGUCGACGUGUACAGAGUACUGAAACAAGCCUCCAUGAAGCUGUGAGUAAGGCCUUGGAUGCAAGUUACCUGUGCAAUUGAAGCUCAAGACCAGUCCAUGUGUUAAGAGUCUUGCUUUGCCAUUUUCUUUGAUAAAACUGUUGUGUUGUAAGACUUAAAUACUGGCAACUGUUGGUGCUUUAAUUUUAACAUUAUUUAUUUGUACACUGAUCUCAGAGAUCACUCAGAAUACUAGGGAUUUUUCAUAAAUGUAAAAUAAAUUCGCCAUUUACCAUCCGUACUAUGUACAGAAACAUAUUGUACUGAAUUAUUAUAAUAUGUAUAAAAUAUAUAUACACUUAUACACAUUUGCUGUUUAUGCAGAUUGGCUUUGUUUUAUGUCCAUAUGUGGCAUAUUUGAAGGGGAUCUUUUGAUACAUAACCGAUCCACUGAAAAUAUUUCAAUCAAAAAGUUGAGGCAGGUGUUGAAGCUAGUAGUCUGUUUUCAAUUAGAUGGCUGACUGAUGAAAGUACUGCUGAAGACUGAAGUCUCAAACUACAGAUAGUGCAUUUCAUUUGGUAAAACUAAAUCCUGCAGUAUUUAGCAGCUGCAAACACUGAAUCACAUAUUUUCUUUUCAAUGGCAUGUUCAACCAUGUGGUCCAGACUCCAAAGUAAACAUCAGACUUUUUAUAAGCUUUUUACAGGCUUUUCAGGUCAGACUGCAGUUUGUAGAUCCACAUACUUCCUGAAGAAUUAGUAAAUGGGUGCACUUGCAUCUUACAAAAGUGCCCUACAAUUUUAGAAUUGAUAAUAUUUCUCUCAUACCUGACUGAUAACUAAUUUGCAUGUAAUAUGCAGUUCUGAAUAGAAUCAAUUAAUAAUUAACCUAGUAUUGUAGAAGUCAUACCUCCCCCCUUCCUCCCUGACCACAGAAAAAGAGAGUUUUUAGCCGUUCAAAAUGCACGCUACUCACAAAUAGAAAUAUAGAACAUAAAAAUUUAUUUCUCUGUUAUCUUUUUCUCUUAUGUAUUUGUCACAUUCAAUAAACAUAUUACAUUUGCUUGGAGAUGAAAAAUGUCAGUGAGGGAAGCAAGCAAAACGGAAAUAAUAAUUGGGCCAAUUUUUUUAAAUUCUUUGGGACCAAGCAUUAUGAGUUUGGUAAAUGAAGAGACAUGAGAAGAGUGAAGCUGCCACAUAGAACUGCGUACUGGCAUUUUACAUGCAUUCAUCUCCUGGCAAACAAUAUCUUUAUCAUAUGGAGACAUUAUUUAACAUCAACAUCACAUGUUUAAAUAAAAGUUGGUAUUUCAGGACUAAAUACAGAAGGCAAAGAAUCAUUUGGUACUGUCCAUUUUGUGAGUCAAGUAACAAUUUUCAUUAAUGCAACCAUAAACUGAAAAGUGUGUUGUUAAAUACUUGUAAGAAAUUCUGUUCUCAAUUAUAUUUGGACAUACCACACUGGAUGAUAUAAAUAUACCUUAGUGGCCAUAAGAAAUGUUUCACCUAGAUCAUUAACAGCACAACAAGUGUGGUUACCAGCUUACUCUUCAGUAUAUUGUACCAAGAUAUCUGAAGGUGUAUGUAGCCAAUAUUAAUGUGAACAUGACUUUUUUUCUGUAAAACAAGGGAUUAUUUCAUUGCAUUUAUUUUUAAAAAUAUCAUAUGAAAGAUUAUAUCUCCAAAUGAUUCUUUCUAUCUUUCAUUUCCCUUUCUGUUAUAUUUCCAGCAUAUUUCCCUUUCCCUCUGUACGGACUCAUCACAAUGGAAACAAAAGCUGGUAACCUGCAUGAAAGCAAAGUGACUGUCCAGCAUAUUGAUUUGAUAAGUUAUGAAAUUUCCUUUGGUUACACAGUUGACAUGGGCCCAAGUUCUUAUUUCCCUUUUUCAGAAGUAGUUUUUACAGUUCAUUGUACUGCAUCAAACUGUACUACUUGUUACAUGGUGGUCAAGUUUAUAUACACACACAAUUAUAUACAUAAACAGAUACAUAUUGUAUUUAUAUCUACUUCUGUGACACAUCAUACAGGGAAUUCUUGAAGUAUGUUACAAUGGUGAUAAUAAUAUAUUUAUGUAUAGGUUUUAAAAUGAAAAACUCGAGUUUUAAAACAAUAAAAUAGUUAUGAGAGGUG